AUCCUUGCAAAUCUCGCUCGAGAACCAAAAUAUGCUCAAUCCACCAUUCAGUCCCAGCCUGAUUGUCCCGUCUUCUUUACUGAAGACUGGGAUGAUAUUGUCAAUGGAAAACCAGCACGUUUCGACCACAUCUUCUCCUCAAUGCAUGUGACUACCCUUGAUGAACGCCAGACCCAGAAGGUCGGUGAGGUCGAGUUCAAAUUCGGGCCACCAGUCCCUGGAAAAAGGGUUAGCAACUCCGGAGAUUGGCAGAUUGUCUUUGCCAAGUACUCCAAGGCCCUCACAUUUGUCUUUCCCCAUCGAGCAGAUGAACUUGAGAAAUACAGCGAGCAUAUUGUUAGACUCUUCGGAGCCCUUCCUGAACUCGAUCACGACAAAGUCAUCAACUAUGACAAGGCCAUCCAUUAUCGAGUCUCUCAAUCUCGACAGUAUGAACUCACCAAUUUUGGUGAGUUCCAGGACCUUUUCUUGCAUUGGAUCCAAGCCCCUCCCUCUAAGAUUCGAGAGUCAGGAAAACGAGAAAAUAAGUCUCGGAGACGAGAACCUUGCAAGAGGUACAAUGAAGGUCGGUGCCCAAACACAGCUCAGUCUUGUGGGUACCAACAUGUCUGUGGAAAAUGUAACCGGAAUGACCAUACCCGUCCCAAUUGCCCAAACUGA